AUGAGUUUACUGGUGAUUCUUUCUGUUUUAUUAAUAACUUCCGUUUAUGCACUCGACAAGAUCGACACAAAUAAGAGCAGUAAAGAAGUUGCUGUACUUGGGACGUAUUAUAAUGAAUUUUCUGACUAUAGAUUCUCACUCAUCACUUACUCGAAAAAGACGGAGAAAAACAGAUUCUUUGUCGACUCGAAAAUAUCAAACUCAACAAUCAUCACAGCAAACAUCUCUGCUUCAGCAGAGUGGCCGAGAGCAGUUAAUGUUAACGAACAUGUGUUUGUACUAAAUAAGGAAAAAUUGUUUUACUUCAACUACUCUUCGCCAAAUAAGAUAAUAACCCUCAACGAAACGUUUGACACACACUCGCCUAUCGAAGUCGUUGGAGACUUCUUCAUGAUUUGUCAAAACGGCACAUUUUCGAUCUUUUCCGAGACGGGAAAAUUGACAAAAAAGACAGAAGUCCAAUGUGGCAGUUUUGUGUCGCACGGACACGACAUUUUGGCAAUUAAAAGAAAUACAAAUACGAGUUUAUAUAGAGCAGCUACACUGUCAUUAGUUCUUUCGUAUCAGACGGAAACAAAAGGAGAGUCUGAUGAAAAUGAUCCAAUGGUAGUUAACGUAUUUGAUGUAGUAUUUAAUGCGAUAACUACUAAGAACUUAAUAGAAGUGAGAUCUCCAUUCGACUAUAAAACAGUUGAAACUAUUAAUGUACCAUUUUACUUAGCAAAUGAAACUCGACUUUCAUCAUAUGGAGUAGACUGUGUACAAACUUAUGGAAGUGUCUUAGUAGUCGGGUUGUUUGGUCAGAACAAAGGUCGUGGCGUAGUUGAAUUGUUCUACGACAACUUUGCGGUACUUCACAGAGAAGUUGUUCGGUUUGUGAAAAUUGGAAAACUCGGUGGAGGAGAUCCACUCGACUACAAAGGCAUUUCCGCAUCAUUAACAGGCGAUGAAUUGAUUAUAGGUGGAAUGUAUCCAAGUGUAAAUAUCCAUCAAUAUUCAUAUGACGUUAGAGAGUUACUUAAAAAGCAUUGUAAUGGUAAUGAUUGUGUAUGUCCAAGAGGGUAUUACCUUAACGAGCAGAACUGGAAAUGUUAUGUCGUAAUUAAUAUAGGCCAACUUAUAAUAAUAACAUUAGCAUCUAUUGUUAUAUUUGUCUCUUCUAUGAUUAUACUAGUGUUGGCCUAUCGUUCAUGGGCAUUGGCAUCUCCUGCUAUCCCCCCUAUGUUAUCUCCUUCAUACCUGAGUUAUGGAUAUCCUAGUGGUGAUGCUCCACUUCACAAACAAUUGGAACAAAAUUUGACUAUAACAAACGCUUCAGAUACUCCGAUGCAUUGUGUGGUUGAACUCCCAAAAAGUUAUCGAGCGUAUUACACAUGUUCACCGCCAACGGUCGAUAUUCAACCGUUUUCGUCUGAAAAUGUUAUUAUUACUAUUACUAUACUAUGUACGUCUUAUAUUAAUGAAGGGAUAGUAGUGAGUUCAGGGGAGUGUGCAGUUAAAGUGUCGUCUCUAGUUAAUAGUGCUCAAGAUUACAUCAUUGACUCAUCAGAUUUUGUCGAAGAAAAUAUUCAAAACAAAAGUUGUCUUGGCGUUUUUCGCCAUUUCACUUACGCUAGCGACCCAACAAAAUCCGGGAUUGUAAUGCCUCUUAACAUCAAUCUUGAAAAUCACGAAAAGGCAAUAGACGUGAUUAAAUCACAACUCAUUUUUUCUGAGUAUUUGUUCCUCCCUAAAAACAUCGGGCUCUCACCAAACGCGCUUUUCCUUGUGUUCGACAACUUUGUAACCAUUCUUUCUGACGUGCCACGUAAAUACACGUCACUUUUACUCAAAAUUUGUAUUGAUGUCACUCGUGGUCUGAAAGAUUUGAGAAAAAGAGAGAUUGACUUUAAAGAAUUGUGUGCUCAUAACGUGAUUGUCGUUUCUUCGGACAUUGACAAAAUUUGUGGGAAAAUCACGAAUUAUGAGAUUCCCUUUGAUUUGCUUCCCCAAAACACGCGAAUAUGUUCAAACCGAAAAUUGCAAAUUGAAGAUGAACUUAACGAAAGUGGUGGAAAGAGAAAGUUUGGUGAUGUGCGAAGUCUUGGGGUUAUGAUGGAGGAACUUUUCCAAAACGAAAACGCGACAAUCACGGCCCUAGUUCAAAAACUGAAAGAACAAAACGAAGAAGUUGAUUUGGACGACGUUAUUAAGUCCCUAACGUAUUGCCUUGAAGCAGCUAAAACUUCAGACAAGUCCAACCUCAUUUAUCAGAACGAAAGUCGAGGCAUCUUUGAGUAA